CAAUGGCUUACAGUGCAAGUGAUCGUGAGGCAACAGCUAGGCAACCAGCUCCAAGCAGAAGAGUAACAGUCACUGUUCUGCCACCAGGGUUUAUGAGUACGAGUGGAUGUAUGCAAACAGGAAGUACAACUUCUGACACGACUCGUACUCCUGCUCCGACACCACUAACACAAUCUCAAAUUUUGUACCGAGUAAAGAUCAUCAACCCGGCAAAAAAAACAGACAUGGUUGUUAGAGACAUGAGGACUUUUCAUAGCCAUUUCUCAUCUAUGACAGAUAUGAAGGUCAGGUUAAUGGAAGAAUUCAAGAGUCAAGUACCAGCAACAACAUCAUUUUCAAUGGGUUACUUUGCUGGCCGCCCAUCUGCUAAAUAUUGGAUUUACACAGAAGAAGAUUUAGCUUCGAUGUAUAGCAAGUCUAUCACUCAAGAAAUUAUGUUGUGGUGUGAUGGCCGAAAUGUUACUGAUAGUGAAACUCCAAAUCCUAAGCGGCGAAAGACUGGAGAAGGGUGUUUGUCAAGAAGAGAGGAAAAGGAGCUUGAGGUAGAAGAGUUAACAAAAGAAUUGAAGGAACUGAAUAAAGAAAAAUUAAAUUUAAGCGAAGUGCAGUACCGUCUGUGGGCUCGCAUGAUUACAACAGGGAUCCAUUCAAGUAAAGAUACACCUCCACAAGUCCCUAUGAUUACUGGUAUUACUCCAAAAAGGAAACAAAGAAAGGAUGACUUGACAAUGUCAGAUACUAUUGCGAGCACUGCGGCAGCCGUUGUUAAGGCAAUAAAUUGUGUUUCUCCAGUCACCCAAUCAGCUACUAUUCAACAGACUAUUUUAGAUUCAUGUACACCUACCAGACGUUCAAACGAUUUAUCACAAUUGGGAAUUCCCCCUGGUAAAGCCUCUGAAAUACGUGGAAAAUCCUUUGGACAGCUAAGCACUCUCAAACAGUUGUAUGAUGACUGUGUCUUAACACAAGAUGAGUUUGAAGAGCAAAAGCGAGAUAUUUUAUUCGGACUGAAAAGGCUUCAGUGACAUGAAUAUAAUGUACUUGCAACUUAGUAUGUUGUAUAAUUAUGUUAUUUAUGCCGUUUUGUUAUUUGUACAUAAUAAUUAGUGUUUGUAUUCUAGUAUAUUCCUAUACUUGAAAUCCAGGCUUGACAAUCUGCUACUGUUAUUGUUGAAAAUGCAUAUAAUACAAUAGUUUCAAUAUCAUCGAUUGCUUGCAUUUCUGUUUCCAAUGAUCUCAUCAUAUACUUGACUUUCGAAAAAGCUAGUUCUAUGGGAUUAAAAUCCGGUGAGUACGGAGGCAGGUAAUGACUGACCGAUCCAGCAUCACUGAUAACUUGCUCAACUUCAGGCACAUGGUGGAUGGAACAGUUAUCCAUGAUGACAAUACUAUUUUCGUUAGUACCGUUGAAUGGCAAAAGAUGAGGAAAAAGGGAA